AACACGUUAACAUAAAACAAUAAUACUAUCGUAUCAAUGAUUCCUGCAUUUGCCUUGCUGUUUGAAGCUCAAACAAGAAGCUGUAAUGUCCUUUGAGGAAUACAGAGAUUGGUUCAAUUCUCCCAUCCCAUUUCGAUCGGCUUCAAUUCCAAUCGCUGAAUCUCAGUCUCCAAUAUGAAAAAUCAUGUUUGCCACCCUUGAGAAUUGCUCAGAAUUACACCAUCCUCAAGGAUAGCACAGAAAACUGCAAAAGCUUUUCAGUCAUCAUUGUGUCUGCAGUCAUGUCCAUUCAAAAUUGAUUUGACUUCAAAUAUCUGUCGACCAGCACUCCAUAAGCUGAGUUAUUCAUGUGAUAAAACACCCUUUGUUACAAUCUAGAUAGGCCUUUCAAAAGAAGAUUUAUUUAUUUUCCUGCAGCCAAAAAAUGUAAUCCUUCCUGACUUUACUUUGUCAUUGCUUACUUUAAGCCAAAGAGACAGAUUUAUGGCAAAGCCAGACCACAAGACUUCCCGGUGGAGAUUCUGACACCCACCAUCAGCCACCGUUCUGACCAAUCAACAUGUCUCCGCGGAAAAGACCCUUGGUUCCUGUAAGCAACCGUCGCAAAACAGAGGACGACUACUUCCCUUUCCACUUCCUGCCUGUGGAGUGCCAGCUCCAUGUGUUGUCUUUCCUGAAUGAGGUGGAUAAAUGUAGCUGUGCUCUGGUUUGCUUGAGCUGGAGUUGCCUUGUUCGUUCCUGGAAGCUGUGGCGGGUUGCUGACUAUUCCCGUCGCGGCGUCUUCCACCUGGGGCAAGAGGGGCUGCUCGUGUCCAAUCGCGAGUUUGAGAGGUGGAAAUCCUGGGUUCACCUCUACACGCACCAUCUCAUCUCACGCCGAGCCAGCCUUCUCACUCUGAAGGCCAGCUUUGAUUUGGGGGAUCGCUGUAAUAAGUGGGGUGACCUGCUCUGCCACCUGUUGGAUAAUGUCCACUGCAGGGAUCUCAGUCACCUUGACCUCAACUGGACGUUUACGCAUCUUGAACCUCUGGAUCUCAGGGUGCAUUCUAGCUCCAGUUCCCACCAGGACAGCAUUACUAAGAUGGACCAGGUGACCAAUUUCCAGGAGCUGUUGACCAAACUCACCCAGAGUUGUCCUCGUAUCACCAAGAUGAGGUUACACUUUGACUGGUCAGAUUUGUCUGUGUCGCUGCUCACUCAGUUCCAGCAGCUCAAAGUCCUUGAGCUGAAGUACUUCUGGGUUUUCAAAGGAUUGACUCCAUCCACACUGCAGACCCUAACAACAUCCCUUCCCAACCUAAAAUCUCUCACCUUACAUAUCCUGGUGCCGCUGAGGAACUUGGGUAUUUCUUACACACUGGAGUCGCUUUCUUUGGAGUUCUUGGACGUGUCACCGAGCAGAGGCCUGGUCUUCUCUUGUCUAAAGCUGCCCGCUCUGCGUGAGCUCAGAGCCAAGAAGAUCGUUCGCGGCAUCACAUUGGACAGGCGUACCAGGCUGAGGAUCCAGAGUCGAUGGCCCUGCUUGUACCAUGUCCUUCGAGAAGGAACGCCAAGGCUCCAGGCCCUCAACAAUGAGAGACUCCUUCCUACUUGGAGAGAGAAGAGCUAUGGGGAACUCUCGGCCAUCCUGGAUGGUUCUUGUUAUUGUGUCCAGCAUCUAGACAGCUGGCUUUGGUAACCAACCAAAUCUGUGAAUGUAGUUUUAUUUCUCAAGGAUUGUUUUACUCCGUUUAUUCAGAGGGACACAAAUAAGAGGCAUAAGAAAAGUGACAUUCAUAUGAUAAAGUCGGCCAUUUCCGCAUACAGUAUUCCCAAAAUCUCCUGCCGUUUGUUUGCACAGCCCCAUAAAAGGUUUUCAGUAAGCAGUGAGUUGAAAGCCUUUCAGUCAGUUCAAAAAACAAAGGGCGCCCUUCAAAUGAGAACAGGGACAUGUAAGAUGUUUCCAUGAUGGCGAUCACAAAUGUACACACACACACACACGAACACACAUUCAGUUUUCAAAGAUGUCAAUGUUGAUUUUAAGGAAGAAAAGGUCUGGACCAAAAACAGUGAAACACGAAAAUGAAUGCUUAAAAUACGAUUACGUUGUACAAACCCAAUUCCAUUGAAUUUGGAAUGUUGUGUUAAACAUAAACAAAACCAGAAUACAAUAAUCGGCAAGUCAUUUUCAACCGAUAUAUAUAAUUGAAUACACUACAAAGACACAAUUGUUUAAUGUUCAAACUCAUAGACUUUGUUGUUUUCAGCAAAUAAUGAUUCAUUUAGAGUUCCGGCUGUAACGCUUUCCAAAAACGCUGGGACUUGGUCAUGUUUACCACGAUAUUGCAUCACAUUUUCUUUUUAGAUUCUUUAAAGUUUGGGAACAAAGGACACUAA